UGGGGCCCCUGGGCAAUAGGGGAUCAUGGGAUCCCUGUGUUCUUGCCCAAACUCAAAAAAGCCUAUGAAAAAGGUACCAGGGGCAUCUCAUGGGGCCCCCUACUGACCCAAAUGGCCAGUCCGCCCCUCCCAUCAUUUCGUAUUGCUCAAAUCGCUCCACAUUCGCAUGAAAAAAGAUGCAGGCACAUUUUUUUUGCCGAACCGGAGUCAGAUUGUAUGGGUGUUCAUACCCAUGCAAUCUGAUUCAGGCAAACACACUGAUUUCUGCAACCUGCUUUUGGGAUGUUGUUAAUUUGUACAUGACACCCGAAACAGAUCGCAUGAACACAGUGCGACUGCUAUGCAGUGCGAUGAGAGAAACGCAGUGAUUCCUGUGCAUUUCCCGCACCCCAUU